AUGUCGUGGGCAGGAUUCAAGAAGAAUGUGAAUCGCGCGACGACGCAGGUGAUGAUGAAGACGGGACAUGUGGAGAAAACAAACGACCGAGACUAUGAGGUAGAAGAACGACGAUUCAAAACAAUGGAAGCAGCAUCGUUGCGCUUACAAAAGGAGGCAAAAGGAUACCUGGAUUCUCUUCGAGCCAUGACUGCGUCGCAAAUGCGGAUAGCGGAAACGAUCGAUGCCUUUUACGGCGACUCGGGCGCCAGAGACGGCGUCAGCAGAAGCUACAAGCAGGCGGUGGAGGAUCUUGACGCCGAGACGAUCAAAGCUCUAGACGGUCCGUACCGAACGACAGUGCUGGAACCCAUCACCCGAUUCUGCGCCUACUUCCCCGACGUCAACGAAUGUAUCAAGAAACGAGGCCACAAACUCCUAGACUACGACGCGCUCCGCGCAAAGGUCAAGAAGCUGGCGGAAAAGCCAGACAAGGACGCCACCAAGCUGCCUCGAACGGAAAAGGAGCUCGAGAUGGCCAGGGCUGCCUACGAGCAACUCAACGAGCAGCUCAGCUCGGAACUGCCGCAGCUGAUCGACUUGCGUGUGCCCUACUUGGAUCCGACGUUUGAAGCGCUCGUCAAGAUUCAACUGCGGUUCUGCGCCGAGGCUUAUUCGCGGAUGGCGCAGGUGCAGCAAUAUCUGGACGCGGACACGAGAGACUUGUACGCAGAGGGGCAUCUGGACGCUAGGGUGGAGCAGGUCUUGCAGGAGAUUCGGGAGCUCAGCAUCAGUGGCACGGUAUAG